GCUGGGGCUGGGGUGAGGGGGAAUGUCCAGCCCCAGAGGAACCACACCAGGCAGAGCGGGUCAGCAGCCCCUGGCCCCCAUGUAAACAGCAAGAGAUGCCGGUUCCCAGCAAAGGCAGAGAGGACACCGAGGCGGAGCGGAGCCCUCAGCCGGGCAAGGAGAUGGGAGAGGCGCCUGACAACCGAGCAAGCACCGCUGGGGUCCUGGAUAAACUUUUCGGUAAAAGCUUCCUGCAGGCGGGACGCUACAUCAUGUCCCAUAAAUCCUGGAUGAAGACGGUUCCAACCGAGAAUUGCGACGUGCUGAUGACAUUUCAAGAUACCACCGACGACCACACGUUACUCUGGCUAUUGAACCACAUCCGACUUGGGAUCCCUGAGCUGAUCAUUCAGAUUCGGCAUCAUAAACACACCAGUGUUUAUGCUUUCUUCGUGACAGCAACGUAUCAGAAUUUGCUUCGAGGAGCUGAGGAAACAGGACUGAGGAAGCCAGUGAAGGAGGAGUUUGGGGGAGGAUCGAGGGCAUUUUCCUGUGAGGAGGAUUACAUCUACGAAAACAUUGAAAAUGAGAUCUAUUUCUUCACUUCUCAGGAGCGGCAGAGUAUUAUCAGAUACUGGCUCGAGAACCUGAGGGCAAAGCAGGGGGAAAGCCUGCACAACAUCCACUUCCUGGAGGGACAGCCAAUCAUUGCAGAACUCCUGACUCGGGGAAUUAUUCAGCAAGUCUUGCCAAUCCAUGAGCAGCGCAUCCUUAACAGACUGGUGAAAUCUUGGGUUCAGGCCGUGUGUGAGUCACAGCCAAUAGACGAGAUCUGUGAAUAUUUUGGUGUUAAAAUCGCAAUGUAUUUCUCCUGGCUCGGAUACUACACGUGGUGCAUGAUAUACCCAGCCGUAAUUGGCUUUGGGCUCUGGAUGUUUACAGAGUCAGACCAGACCAGCCGUGAUGUGAUCUGUGUGGCUUUUGCCCUGUUUAAUGUUGUGUGGACCACCUUGUUUCUGGAAGGUUGGAAGCGUCAGAGUGCAGAGCUCGCCUACAGAUGGGGAACACUGGACCGGCCAGCAGAGCUUAUCGAGGAGCCCAGGGCCCAGUUCAGGGGUGUCAAGUGCGUCAGUCCAGUUACAGGGUGCGAGGACUACUAUUACCCACCUUGGAAACGGCGGGUGUUCCAGUAUUUUGUCAGUCUUCCUGUCUGUCUCUUCUGUCUCUGCGUGGUCUUCUUGACCAUGUUAAUCUGCUUUGAACUGCAGGAAUUUGUGUCAAGUAUCAAAGAAUUGCCAUGGAUAGUCACCUAUUUUCCUAAAAUCUUUUUAGCUAUUGUGAUUACAAUUCUUGACGAUGUUUACAAGAAAAUUGCCUACUGGCUAAAUGACAUGGAGAAUUACCGUUUACAGAGUGCCUACGAGAAACACCUCAUCAUUAAACUAGUUUUGUUUCAGUUUGUAAAUUCAUAUCUUAGUCUUUUCUACAUCGGAUUCUACCUCAAAGACAUGGAGCGCCUCAAAGAGAUGUUGAUAGUCUUCUCCCUGUCCAAAAGUCUUAUCCGUCAGCUAAAAGACGCCCUUCUCCCGUACAUUGUCCUCAAAAUCUAUCUCCUCCUCAUCUUCAAACGAAACAUGGCGUCCAGGGUCUUCAUUGUCUGCUCUCGAUGGCUUCAUUGCCAAAUGUUGGCUGCUCUUUUAAUAACCAGGCAGAUCAUCCUGAAUGUGAAGGAGGUUCUGCAGCCCAUGUUCUAUGCGAAAUACAAGCAGGGACACCUCACCCUCCAGGUGACAGUCAGGAUGCUGACCAACCUGUUCAGGUACUCCCCGGGACAGGCCAGGGAGGUCAGCGAGAGCACACACACAGCAGGUGAAGACCGGACAGGACAACCGGACCCCAACCGGGAAAACGGGAACCAGGAGCAGGAACACAAGUGUGAAAACGGGGCUUGUGGGGCUCCUGAGGAGGAGGAGCAGCCAAACGAUGAGGAAGGAGACAAGGAUAGUGUCUUGGACUGCGGUCUUCGCCUCUCCAAGAAAGUGAGUUUUGCUGGGAGUGGGCAGAAGGGCGUGAAGGAAGAGAGGAACUGUGAGAUGGAGGGACUCUUACAAGGGAUGCUAAUGGAGGAAGGCAGUCCGAUCCUGGUGGAGCGAGGGGCUGAGGGGGGACUAGUGUUUGAACUGUGUGAGCACGAUGCGAAGAUGGAGACUGAUGAUGGUGACGGUGGAGAGGAUGGGAAGGAGCUGAGUGUGAUGCUGAGACACAGGAGAAAGGAGAAGGACAUGGUGCAGGGAGAGAAUAGUGAGCCUGCCAGCAAUAGGCUCUCCUGGAUGGACCCACCGGAUGAUUACGAUGAUGCUCCUUUAACCCAAGGAGAGAUUGAGAGCUGCAUGCAAAAGUAUGAGGACACUUUCCAGGAUUACCAGGAGAUGUUUAUCCAGUUUGGGUACGUGGUGCUGUUCUCGUCUGCAUUCCCCCUCGCUGCCAUGUGCGCCCUCAUCAAUAACGUCAUCGAGAUUCGCAGUGAUGCCUUCAAAUUGUGCACCGGCUCCCAGAGGCCGUUUGGCCAGAGGGUGGACAGUAUUGGGCAGUGGCAGAAUGUGAUGGAGGCCAUGGGAGUGUUAGCCAUUAUCGUCAACUGUUAUUUGAUUGGUCAAUGUGGACAGCUUCAGCGCCUUUUCCCCUCACUCAGUCCCGAGAUGGCCAUCAUCCUGGUGGUGGUCCUGGAGCACUUUGCGUUCCUUCUCAAGUACGUGCUGCAAAUCGCAAUCCCGGACGUUCCUGCCUGGGUUGCUGAGGAAAUGGCGAAGCUGGAAUAUCAACGGAGGGAGGCCUUUAAGAAACACGAGCAGCAGGCACAGCAACACUACCAGCAACAACAGAAGAGGAGGCAGCGAGAGGAGGAAGAGAGACACCGUCAGGAGCACAAGGAGAACGUCCAGUCCCGCAAGGACAGGGAGGCAGGCAAGGAAGAUGCCAAGUCAUCUUCCUCAUCCUCGGAGCAGGCUCACAGCCGAGCUCACAGUAAGUCCAAGGCGGCUCCGUCCUGCCCUGCUCCAGAGAAACCCAAGCGGCCCAGCUCCCUCCUGGCCUCCAACAAUGUGCUCAAGCUGAAGCAGAUCAUCCCGCUCCAGGGCAAGUUCCUUUCGGGCAGUGGGACUGUCAACGCCAUCCCCGGGAAGACCCCCCAGUCGCCCACUGGCAGCGAGAGCAAACUGCCGGGCUUCCUGAGCUUCAAGUUUUUGAAGUCCCCGGCGGACAACAAGAAGGAGACAGCGGCCGAGAGGGAGAGGGCUCAGUCUCCCACCAAACCCUUCAACCCCGGCAAGCUGUUCAACUUCGGCAAGUCUGACGCCGCAGCGUCUGGAGGCAACGGACCCAUCACCACUACCCAGCCCAAACACGGGGCAGCCAGCGGGGGCACUGCCCCCUCGUCUGAGGGCGGUGAGAAAGCCACCAGCAAGUCUGACCUCAAUGGGCUCCCUGAGGCAGCCAACCCUGAGGACCCCAGCAGCUCACAGCCAUCCGAGGAGUCCGGCAGCCCCAAACAUUAACAUGGCUACAGGAUAGAAGCUACCCGUGUGGACUGGCACAGUGUUCAUUGACAGCAAAGUGAAAACUGGGUUGGAAACAACUGUUUACAAAAGUUUGAAAGUUUGGCACCUCUCCUAACUCUGUGCAUCUAUUUUAAAAAAAACAAAUCAGGGAUGGAAGUGUGUAUUUGAUAAAUAGGAUCCUCAUCAUCUUCAGGUUUUUUUUAUGCAAAGUGGCAGGUGAAAACCAUUGCUUUUACUGACACUAGGAUUUUUGGAUUAAAGUUGUCAGGGGACAGCAAUGAAUUUCCUGUUAAUCUUCCUGCCCCCAGCUGCUUACUCUAAUACAAGGGAUGCUUUUGAUUGUCUCUUUGUCAAUGUUGAGCCAUUGUAUUCUGCAACCUCUCACAAAGUAACCAAGAGAAUCCGCCCAAAAUAAAUGAGGUCAAAAAAAACCAGACUUUAAACAUUUUCACCAAGGAAUGGUACAGAACAGUCAUUUACAUAGAGUGUGCACACAGCAGUGAACUGGGAAAAUGGUAGAAAUAAGGACGUGCUAACAUGGCAGUUAGAAAAGUGUGAUACGUUCGGGCAGAGGCUAUAUGGAUUUCCGAAAGGGAAAUCUGCAAAGGAUUUUAUUUUAAAGAGUGUGACUAGCAAGGUUGUAGGAAAGCAGUGGAUGUGGUGCAUUUUGAUGUUCGAAAGGAGGUGUGGGUUUGGAUUGGGGCAUCGCACACAGGGUUGACCAACAGAAAGAAAACAGGCGUCAGGAGAAACGGGUCAUUUCCAGAUUGGCUGGCUGAGACUGCAUGCAAUUUUCCAGCAAUGACCUACAAAAAGGGAGACUGACUGUAACAGUUUCGCAAUGAAGGGUCACUUGUUUAUGACUGAGAUGAAGGGAUUGCUGUUUUUUACUCACAGGUGGUUGUGAGCCUUUGGAAUUCUUCCUCACUAGGAAGUGGAAACAGAAUCUUUGGUAAAUUUGAGGCAGAGCUAGGUAAGCUCUUAAUGACCAAGAGGGACGAAAGGUUAUUGGAGGUUUUUACUCAGAGUGGUAAGGGCGUGGAACGCCCUGCCUGCCAAUGUAAUUAACUCAGCCGCAUUAGGGGCAUUUAAACAGUCCUUGGAUAAGCAAAUGGAUGAUGACGGGAUAGUGUAGGGGGAUGGGCUUAGAUUAGUUCACAGGUCGGCGCGACAUUGAGGGCCGAAGGGCCUGUUCUGCACUGUAUUGUUCUAUGUUCCAUGUAAGGGGGAAUGUAGAGUAAUCAGAUCAGUCAUGAUCUUGUUGAAUCUCACAGCAGGCUCAAUGGGCCAAACGGCCUACUCCUGCUGCUGAUUCAUAUUUACCUAUGUAUGAUGUACAGUCUGGUAUAAUAUUAGCUGUGAGGACUACACUAUGAAACCUUGAAAGCAGAUGGAAAGAUUGAGUGAAUGAGUUGCCAAGAAAGUAACAUAUGGAACAUUAUGUGGAGGAGUGUGAAGAAAAGAGAUAAUUAGAUUUUGUUUUUAAAAUGGUGAGAGACAGGGGAAUGUUGCUAUAUGGGCAAGUGGAAUGGUUUGGGUAACAGAAUAAUUUGGGCAGGCUGUUAAAAUAGCAGAUGCAAAGUUGUCAGCUUUGUAAGUACAGUCAGAGUGCAAAAGGAAAAACAUAAUGCUAAACUUUGAUUGGGAAUCAGCCGAAGUAUUAUGUCAAUUUCCAGGAUGGAAAGAAUUAGAAAGGGUGCAGAGAUUUAGCAGAAUGAUUUUCAGGAUGAAGGUGUUUAGUUUUUGUCCUUUAGAGAAGGAAACUUCCAGCCUUACCUGGUCUGGCCCACAUGUGACUCCAGACCCACAGCAAUGUGGUUGACUCUUGACUGCCCUCUGGGCAAUUAGGGAUGAGCAGUAAAUGCUGUCUGGCCAGUGAUGCCCUCAUCCCAUGAAGUAAUUUUUAAACAAGUUCUGUGGAGGGACUGGAGAAGCUGAGAUUGUUGUUCUUUGGUUGAGAGGACAUUUAUCCAAGGUGUUCAAAAUCAUGGGAGAUUUUGAUCAACUAAACAAGAAGUUGUUUCCAACUUUAUUUCACCCCUACCAACCUCUGAGUGGCUGUUUUCUGUAUUCUAUAAUGACAAUUGGUAGGAGAAACCAGAAGACAUUGGUCUAAUGGCAAAAGAACCAGAGAGGGAAAAGAAGGGAAUUUUUUUUAAUUACAAGCUUUGCAAUUUAGAACUGGUGAUGGAAAGGACAAUGGAAGCUGAUUCGAUAGUAACUUUUAACAGAACACUGCAUAAGUAUUUGAAGGGAAACAGAAUGACAAGAUUGUAGCAAAAAAGCAAGGGGAAUGUAGGAUUAAGUGCAGUACUGUAUCAAAGAGGUGUCACAGGCUCGAUGGGCUGACUGGCCUCUUUUCUGAAUGUUUCUCCAUGAUCCUUCCAGCCAAUCGAAAGCUUAAUUGAAGGCUGAACCCAGAAUCAGAAAAACCAGUGUUCAAACAAAUCACCAACAAGUCAUUGCACCUGUCACUUGAAGAAUGCGUUUAGCAUUAUGUUCAUGACUCAAACCUUUGAGUAUAGGCAUUGGGACAUCAUGUUGCAGUUGUGCAGAACAUUGAUGAGGCUAUUUCUGGAAUACUGUGUACAGUUCUGGCUGCCCUGCUAUAAGAAGGAUGUUAUUAAAUUGCAGAGGGUUUAGAAAAGAUUUACCAGGAUGUUGCCAGGAUUGGAGGGUUUGAGUUGUAGGAAGAAGCUGGAUAAGCUUGGACUUCUUUCAGUGGAAUGGAGGAGGUUGUGGGGUGACUUUAUACGGAUUUAUAAGAUCAUGAGGGGCACAGGUAAGUUGAAAGCAAAGGUCUUUUCAGUUGGGUCGUUCAAAACCAGAGGGUAUAGUUUUAAAGUGGAGAGGGAAAGGUUUAAAAUGGACCUGAGGGGCAACUUUUUCGCUCACAGAGGGUAGUUUUUAUGUGGAAUGAACUGCCAGGGGAUGUGGUAGAUGCAGGUACAGUUCCAACAUUGAAAAGACAUUGGACAGAUACACGAAUAGGAACGGUUUAGAGGGAUAUGGGCCCAAUGCAGACAAAUGGGACUAGUCUAGUUUGGGAAACUUGGUCGGCAUGGACAAGUUGGAUCAAAGGGUCUGUUUCCACGCUAUGAGUCUUAUCUCCUCAUUACCGAAUGAGUCAUAGGGUAGGAAAGCCCCAGUGCAAAAAUGGCUCAGAACAUUGAACGAAGAUGCAGCAAGUAGCUGACACCGGGAUGGGGGCUUCAAUGUGAUAGAAACACAACCUCUGUCUUCAGAAGUGAUCAGAAAUCAAACUGACUGUGAACUUCACUUCCCAAUGCCUGCUUCCAUCAUUGCAAAGUGCUGCCCAGAGAACCAGCAAUUCUAAAUCUGACCCCUUCUGUCAGAGGCAUUGAUUCACUCGUGAUGUUCUGCUGAUGUUCAAAGGAUUGUAGCUUUGCUCUCGAGGCUAAUGUCUUUUGAACUGCUGGCAAUUCUCAGAGAGCUGUUGUCAUCCUAGAUCUAUAUAUGGUGAAUUGGGUUUCUUAUGGUUCUCUAUGUAUAAAUGUGUAUAUUGUGUAUAAGCAUUAUAAUAGGUAAUAUAUUCUGUGCACUAAGGAACUCUUUCAACAUAUAUGUAUAGUUUCAGUAUUGACCUGAUUAAAUAUGUAACUUAGAUCAGAAUUUUAAAAUUCUCUUAUUUAAAUUUCCAUAAAAUAAUAUGCAGCUUGCCUUCAUUAUUGGCUGAUUGAUUUGAUUAUAUGAAUGGCACCUGAAUUUAGUUAAAUUUCAAACAAUUCAAAUUUCUCCAAGGAUUACUUGAAUUCCUGUAGCACCUAUCAUGACUUUGCAAUGAUCCAAAGUGCUUCAUAGCCAAUGGAUUACUUCUUGCAGUGUGGUUGCUGUUGUAAUGUAGGUAACGCAGUAGCCAGUCUGCACACAGCAAGAUCCCAUAACACAUAAUGUGAAGACUGCAUAAUGUUGGUGAUGAUGGUCGACGAUUAAACAUCAGCCAGGACCUCAGGAAGAACUCCCCAUUUUGUCUUCAAAAUAGUACCAUGGGAUCUUUUACAUCCACCCAGGAGAACAGUUGGGCUUCAGUUUAAUAUUCUCAUCCAAAAGAUGGCACCUUUGACAGUGCCACACUCCUGCAAUACUGUAUUGGUAGGGUCAGCAUGGAUUAUGUGCUCAGGUCUCUGGAGUGGGGUUCAAAUUCACAACUUUCUACCUGAGCGGUGAGAGAGAAUAAGUGUCAACGUAUGUGCAUUGACAACAUUGUUGCCUAAAUCACCUGCCUCUUUGCUAGGAUAAGAUGCAAUUAUAUCUUCUUGAAGGCUUCUUUCAUUAUUAACUUCAGUCAGCAGCUCGGCUUCCCUGAAAGGGUCCUUGGUGUAGGUGGAAGAACUGAUUUUAAGUUGUUGAGAUGAAACUCUGUUGUCUCUGAUAAGACUGCAUUCUACGUGAAAUGAAACUGCUCCAAAACGAUUCCUGAUUUGUGCUGUGGGUUCCACACCAAACUACCCCCAAUUUUGGGAUCAACCUGGUCAUCUAAUGGCUGCUCGUGCAUAGCUGAGAUUUGAAAAUCUCAUUGGGAACGGGCCAUUUGCUGAGACUGGAAAAUGUGUGAUGCUGCCAGGACUGACCCAGACAAGUAUCAUUAUUGCUCAACAUGCUUAUUGCCUUUGAGAGGUUUGUCACUGCUCAGUUACCUUGCUUUGUGACUGGGAGAGGGGGAGGAAGCUGAGCUGCACUGCACUGCACUGAUGAGAUGUAACUACAGUUAGGCUCAGUGACUCACUGCCAGAGAUCAGAGUUGCCCAGUAACAAAUGAAGCGCUUCAGAUGAUGAAAGCAAUCUUCAACUUAAGCUCCUGUCCACAGAAAAUCUUCCUUUUCCUUCUUGUUCACACAUAAUUUUUAAGUAAAGUAAGUUUGAUGACUAAACCUCCUCUGCAAGAGCCAACAAGUUUGCACUAUUUGAACUUAAGCCAUUUUAUUCUUUGUGAGUGUGUAUGUAUACAUAUAUAGAUAUAAUUUAUGUGUGUAUAUAUAUAAAAAAUGUAGAGAGCACCUAAUAACCAAGGCAGGAAAAGGAGAAUAAAAGGAAACAGCUUUUUAUCUGAUGGGCAACAAAUAAACUAAUUUGUUCAACAGGUGAUCUCUUCAAAGGGUUGUGGUGUUCCAAGUUUCCUGUUUACUUUGUGCAGUGCUAUCUGCUUUUAUCAGAUACAUUUUAUGGUGCAUUUUCUUUUGUUAAAUAUUAGAUUUUUAAACACGGCAUUUCAUGUCAGAAGCAAUAAUAACUUAUACUUAUGUAGCAGCUUUUAAUAUAAUGAAAAGUCUUAAGAUAGGUCAUGAAGGUGAUUAUAAAACAAAAACUUGAUAGUGAGCCACCGAAGGAGAUAUUAAAACAGGUCACCAAAGUUUAGGUUUUAAGGAGUGAGUUAGAAGAGGAAAGGUGGAGAGGCCAACAGGUUCCAGGAGAUUAGGAUCCUGGCAUCUGAAGGCAUGGCUGCUAACAGCAAUUAUAAUCAGGAGUGCAAAAGUCAAAAAUUGAUGCACGCAGAAAUCAGAGGGUUACAGUGCAGGAGGGCAGUGGAGGGGAGGGGGCAAGGCUGAUUAGAAUAGGGAUGAAAAUUUUAAUAGCAAAAGAUUGCUUGACUGGGAGUAAUUGUAGGUCAGAAUCACAAAGGUGACGGGCAACAGGAUUUGGUGAGAGUUAACCCAAGGGCAGCAGAGUUUUGGAUCAUUUGAAGUUCACAGUGCAUUAUGGCAAAGUACAAAAUUUACUCAUUACUGUCAGAGAAUGAGUGAAAACAAGAGAGGGAGUGUUCUGUUAGCCAACAGACCAGAGGGAAUUCCAAAUCACAAACAAUAUUCCUUUAGUUUUAGCUUUAUUUUGUUUUAUCUUCAUUUUUUUUCCGCUCAUGGGAUCAAGAUCUGGUUGAAAUUCCAAAGCCUUCCCUGAAUUCGUAAUGCACAGGCAAUAAAGGACAAGCUAUUCAAACAGACCGUCAUCACAGCUGAGCUAAUGAUCUCCUGCCCCUAUGCUCUCCUCUAUUUUCAGUGCUUGUGACUUGAGAACCUCAAAAAACAAGCUCUAGUUUACUUGUCACUUCUAUUCUUCCACAAAUAAAGAAAUUUUGCUAAAUCUGCAUCAAAUGUGGUCAGAUCACACUUGGUCACCAGAAUUGCACACAGUAUCUAUGUUAUAAAAAGCAUAUCAAUGCACUAGAGAGUGUGCAGAUAAGACUACAAGGAUAUUAGCAGAAUUGUGUGAGCUUACAUAUCAGGAAAUUAUUGAAGUCUGCUCUUUUGAACUAAGAACCUUUGAGGGGUGACCUAAUCAAGGUCUUCAAAAUGGUUAUGUUGGAUACGAAGAGUAUGUUUCCUUCUGUGAGGGAGACGCCAUCGUCAUAUGAUGGUCACCAAAAAAAUCUAACAGGAAGUUCAGGACAAACCUCUUUACCCAGAAAAUGAGAAUCUGAAAAGGGAAAUUUGAGGCAAAUAGUAUUGAUACUGAUACAGAUACAGGGAAGGUAGAGAAGUCUAUGAAUGAGAAUGGAACAGGCUGUUAUGAUGAUAGAUUUAUAUGAGGAAAGGGCAUUCUUGUGGCACAUUGGUAGUACCCCUACCCCUGUACUGGGAGGUCUGAGUUCAAGUGCCACUGAUGCAGAGGUAUGUAAUAACAUUUCUGAACAAGUUGAUUAGAAAGAAAGAAAGAAAGAUAGGCGACUCAAUUGAUCCACAAACACGAGCAUGAAUUGGUUUGGUUGAAUGGCCCAUUUCUGUACUCUCUACCAUGCUGAAAAUCUUUCUAAGGUCACCCUUGAUCUGGCUUUUGCUAAAGAAGAGAACUUCAGCUUGUUUAAUUUUUCCCAAUAACUCUAAUUUCUCAGUUCUGGUGCCAUCCUUACAAAUCUUUUUUGCACCUGUCGACACCAACAUGGGCAACAAAUGUAGGAAAAUUGAUUAAAUGUUAACAAGUUAAAGGCUGCUUCACAUGGAAGUUAUGCAUGGAGCCUUGGACAGUGGGGAAGAUACUCUGUUGGGAGCAGUACUCUGUCAAGAUAUGUAUGACAAAAAACAACUAGCAUUCAACUGAUCUACAAAUAAUCAAUAAGGCGUUAGUUAGCUCAGUUGGCUCUGAUGGCCAGUUUGCAAUGCAGAGUGGUGUCAAUAGUAUGGGUUUAAUUCCCACAUCAACUGAGGUUAUCAUGUGGACUUUUCUUCUCAACUUCUUCCCCUUUCCUGGGGUAUAGUGACCUUCAAGUUAAACCAUCACCAGUCUUACGGUCCACAAGGACCAUGGUAAUUUGACAAUAAUAGACAACCGAUUUUUGGUGACGCAGGCUGAUAUUUAUCACAGUCAGCACAGAGAAGAAAACAGUGUCCACAGGACCCUUAAGAUCCACCACAGACAACAAAAGUUUCAGUGGCUCAUCAGAAAUACUUCUAUUUCAGCAAAAUAGCUUAUUUCUGUACAAUUAUUCUUGAGAAUCGCUAUAUUUAUUGCUGAUAUUAUUAACUUACAGAAGAUAAGUCAUUGAUCUUGUAAUCUAAAGCAAUCCACACACAACUAAGUCAGUGCCCCUGAAAAUCAGUGGAACAAUAGACAGAUACCAAACUGAGUGUUCUGGCGUUGCUAUCAAAGGUUUUAUUCAAAAGCAGAAUCUGUAGAAAUUGUUAGCAGAAACAUAUUGGAGAAAACUGGACUGGGAACUCGCAAUUCUGGUUUAUCAGAGUGAAUCAUCAAAGUACCAGUAAAUUAAGUCUCAUCACUGCAACUUCCAUUUUACUGAUGUACAGGUUUUUUUUUAAAACUAGUUUCCUUUUCACGCAAAAAUGUUUUAUUUAUUUUGUCAUAUUUUUGUAAUGCUGCAUAAAAAUAACAAUAAAAAUGUAAAUACAA